AUGCAUCCUUAUACUCAUCAUCUCUCAUGCUCGAAAGAAAACAUGACGACGAAGAACGAUGGCUGUGAGCUCAUGAAAGCGACGUUCUGGUCAGAAGAUUAUGCGACCGGUAUUGAGUCUCUGCUAGGAAAAAUUCAGACCGAUAUUUCAGAGCUGACGGAGAUGUUGAUCUUAAUCAAAACCUAUGAUUCUGAGAUUAUAUCACCAGCGACCAAAGCAUUGAAGAAACUGGUUAUUGGCGGUGAAAAGCCCGAAAACGAUACCUCACUUUGCACAGUGAUUCAAAAGCAGCAAUUGAACACGUUAACGGGAAUUCUUGUGAAAUUGGAGCAUUCGAGCCACUCAAAACUCGAAUCUCAAUGUCAGAUACCACUGGAAUCUCUCUUGUUUGAGUACAAUGAAUAUUUACAAGAGACUAAAGAUGCAACAAGCCGCGCCAUGAAGGGGUACUCUAAGCACCUUCUGCUAGCCAAGCAAAUGCAAAACGAGUAUGAGGCAAUGGCAGCACGAUUGCGACAAAUGCUCAGGGAUUCUUUAUUUGGAGACGACAAUCAAGUUCUGCCAUCGCAAGAAUAUGCUAUAAAAGAUGUCUCGCAUGCAUUUCCAUUGACCAUUGACAAGAGCAUAGUCAUUGAUGGUGAAGAACAAUUGAUUCUUUUCUGUGCUAAACUCAAAGAGAACAUCAUAACCUCAAAUAGACUCAUAAAGAUCCCCGGUAUAGCCAAUGAGUAUUUUUCCGGCACAAAGCUCUUAGACGCUCUCAAAAAAAUAGAACCAAAGCUAGAGAUAUCGCUCUUCAACCUUGAGCGUGUCGGUCAAAAACUACUGGCGGCUGAUAUCAUACGACCGUACCAGAAUAUCAUGGGCGCUCAAUCACGCUUUGCAGCAGACGACUAUUACACCUGGGGAUCAACACAGUCCAAUCAAGAAUCUGUUAGUAAUACAAGACCGGCAGUCAACACAGUUUUUGGUGGGUUUUUCAAAAGGGUUAGUGGCGGCUCCGAUGAGCAAACUCCAAUCACAACGUUGGCUGAGUUGGAAUCGUACCGUCACGAGUUCACUAAACGAAGAUCAUCUUUCUUUCAACAAUGCCAAAAUCUGGACUAUUGGCGCUCCCAGCUCGAGCUUGAGCUGCAAAAAGCUAUGCACCAUUAUUGGAAAUUACUUCUCAAAAAGAUCGACCAAGCGCAUCUCGCAAACAGUCAAUUUCUCUCCUUGUUACAAGGAUCGUUUCCAUCGCAUUUUGAAACUGAGUCAAUAGAUCCGACUCAGGAAUUACAAAGAGUGUAUCGGUCGAAUCACAGUACCAUAGGCUUCUAUGUGCCACAGCCCGGUGUAACAUUCUCAAAGUAUGAUGUGAAUGGGGAAUUGACAGGGACUCCUCUGUUUCACUCAGAGCUGCGGAAUUCGCAACUGGAUGAGACCGGUGUUGCAGUGAUCUUGAGAUCUCUCCUAAAACAGCUUGAAACGCAUAACGCUGAUGAUAUUUUGAAGGCAUGGUCAUUACCUUUAGAUUUGCAACGAAACUCCAGACUACGACGGGACUGCUAUACUGAGUUUUUAGCGGCCGAAGGAGACCAUUCAACAACUCUUACAAAUAUGCUGGCCAGAAAAGGACAAAACGUCAAUGACGUUGUUGGACUUUUACAGAGUUGGCUUUUGGAGUUACCUGAUAGUUUGAUUCCCAUGGCUUGCUAUGAGGAUGUGAAAGAAAAGGGUAUUUCGGGCCUUAAGCGAUGUUCCAAAGAGCAUGUGCUACACUUGGCUGCCAUGUGUGAGCAUUUUCAAUGGCUGGUACACCAUUGUGGUGAUGUAGAGGUAAUGCGCACAUUUACGAGCCGAAUAGAUUUUCCACUGUACCAUAUCUUUGCGCGUGACAGGAUACAGAAACCUCGAGAUUACGAGGUUAUGUCAACGGCCGUUCAUGAUGUAUUGUGUGGCGAGGGAAAUUCGCAGCGUCUGGUAGAGAUGCUGGCUGUCGAUAGAGAACCCAAUGUGGCGAGACUCAGUGUCGAAGUUCCCAUGCAUUCGUCGUCUGCGACGUUUGUACCGCGACCGCUGAAAUCCUUGAGUACAAGCACAUCUGCUGCAUCCUCACGGCCUGCCAGUCAGCGUAUUAGCGGCAUUGACCUAUUAGGUAGAGAUACUUAG